AUGCCUAGCAAUACAUUCACUUUCGUUGUUCUACUUUUGGCUGUGUUCACUCCCGGCAUCCUUGGUCUCCACGCUCACCCUCUGCACCAAGUAUACCAGUUUCCCAACGCCACAUGGGUUGAGAAUAUUGCCGUUCGACCUAAUGGCAACUUGCUGGUGACUCUGGUGAACACCCCUGAGCUUUGGGAAAUCGACCCUUCUGAGCCAUCUGAGCCAUCUCGCGCACAUUUCAUACAUCAUUUUAGCGACGCUGAGAUGGCCACCGGUAUCGCGGAGCUUACCCCGGAUGUCUACGCCGUCAUAGCCUCCAACCACGUUUGGAAAAUCGAUUUGAGCCGUGGCAAGGACAGGGUUAGGACGACCUUGAUCAGCAGAAUUCCGCAUGGAAGCUUGAACGGGAUGACAGUUUUGAACCGAGAAGCCGGCUUGCUUGCCAUAGCGGACUGUCAACUUGGGCUUGUGUGGCGCCUGGACACCAACACGGGCGACUAUUCGGUCAUGCUACAGGACGACACAAUGGCAGCCAAUACCGAUGUCGGGCCGUUGCUGGGAAUAAACGGCGUGAGAAUGUUGCAUGAUUACGUCUACUAUGUGAACACCCCUCUGCGACUGUACUGCCGUGUUCGCGUUGACAGACUCAGUGGUCACGCGGUAGGCCCUUAUGAGAUCAUCAGUAGACGGGUAAGAACCGAUGAUUUUGCAAUUGGCCUGGAUGCUGUAGCGUACCUUGCUGGGCUCGACGAUAAUGUUGUAGCAAGGGCGUUUCUCAACGGGACACAGGAGAUCAUCGCUGGUGGACCUGAUGUUCAGACGGCCACUUCGGCUGCGCUGGGAAGAAAUGAGAAGGCAAAUACUUUGUAUGUGACGACUGGUGGCAACACCACAGAUCUGUCCAGCUACACUGGCAGGGGCAAAAUCAUGGCACUUACUCUGGAUGCCUGA